UUUAGAUGAAGUCUUUGAUUCUACAUCAUCAACUGAGAAUAUUUAUAAUAUUCUUGGAAAGCCAUUGGUUGAAAAUGCAAUGCGUGGUAUAAAUGGCACGCUAUUUGCUUAUGGUCAGACAGCAUCUGGUAAAACUCAUACAAUUCUUGGCGAUGUAAAUGAAUUAGGGAUACUUCCUUUGGCUAUAAAAGAAGUUUUUGAUCACACAGUCAAGCAACCAGAUCGAGAAUUUCUUCUUCGUGCAUCUUUUAUUGAAAUAUAUAAUGAGGAAAUAACAGAUCUUUUGGCAAGUAAGAAAGAAAACAUUAAAAUUUUAACAAAUUCUGAAAAUGAUGUUGUUGUUGAAAAUCUCACAACUCACACAGUCAUUUCAUAUGAAAGCACAAUGGAUUUGGUACAAAAGGGAAUAAUUAAUCGAAAAAUUGGCAUUACAAACAUGAAUGAAAGGAGUAGUCGUUCUCAUUUAAUUUUUAGAUUGGUUAUAGAAAGUAGAGAAAUCUCAGAACUAAACAACAGUAUGGAAGCUAAUGGUACCAUCAUAGCUGCUGAGCUAAAUGUUGUUGACUUGGCUGGUUCAGAAAGAGCUGGCCAAACUGGAGCCCAAGGUAAUUAUAUUAUAUAUUAUAUUUAA